AUGGUGAUGCAUUCUGUUGCUUUCUUAUGCGUCGUCAGUUACCAUCAGUCGUAUACUGAGGGCUCUAGUAUAGAAGGGUACUGGUUUGAGGACUAUGUUAGUCUGGAUGACCACGAUGAGCUCAACCCUGCGGUGAUGACGAAGUUAGGGUGUCAUACCAGCGAGAAUAAACUUUUCUACACGCAGAAGGCCAAUGGUAUUAUGGGGAUGGCACCAUCCAGAGGUGGUGGCCGAACGGUUCUGGAGACUCUCUUUGAUUCUAAGGAGAAUCCCGUCGAUAAGAGCCUCUUCUCCAUGUGUUUGGCUACCUGGGGUGGGCAACUCGUUGUCGGCGGUUACAAUGCGACGAGGCAUACGUCUUCGGUCAGCUGGGCUCCUAUGAGCACCGAUCGAGGCUACUACUACAUCAGCAUUCAGUCGCUAGGUGUGUACCCAGAGGACCAACCCUCUACUGUGAAGGCAGUGACUGGGGCUAAGGAAAUAUCCACCGACCAAGCGAGUUUCGGUGAUGCCAUGGUGGACUCCGGGACGACAUAUACGUAG